AUGGCUUAUAAGUUAACAGAGGAAGAGAUUUGUCUCUUCAAACGAUUAGUCAAGAUUAUCAGUGGAAUGGACCGGGUCACAAUUUCUAACCUUUACUUGAACAAAGAAGCGGCGGACGCAAUAUCCGAGUUCAUUGUGGAGAAUGACAUGCCCUUAUGGAGAUUUGACAUAUUUACUUCGAGUGAAGACCCUUUCAUAUCCUUCUGGAAGCGGUACGUUGAUGACACCUUUUCCCACAUCAAAGAAAAUAAGAAGGAAGUCAUCCUGGCGAAAUUAAAUAGUUUUCAUCCGAAAAUCCAAUUCACAAUUGAGGAGGAAACAAAUAAUCAACUACCAUUCCUAGAUGUCCAAAUCUACCGAAAAGAUGACAACACCUUUGGACACAGAGUCUAUAGAAAUAAGACCAGUACAGAUAAGUACCUCAAUUUCUCUUCAUAUCAUCACAUGUCACAUAAAAUUUCAGUCAUAGAUGCCCUUUCCUACCGAGCAAUCAGAAUAUCUGACAAAGACUCUUUACCAUCUGAAUUGUCUCAUGUCACAAAUGUUUUAAUUUCUAAAAGGAUAUCAACUAUGAGACACAAACUAAGCCUACCCAGACAACCGCCCUCUAGUGAUGAACCGACCCCAAGAUUUGUGUUACCAUUUCUCGGACCCGCAACUGGAAGAUUAACAAGUUUCCUCAGAAGGAGAACAAAUUUCGAUUUUGGCUACAAAACCGGAACGAAACUUCACAAAUUCUUCACCUCUCACAAGGAUAAAAACCCUCCGAUAACCUGUGGCAUAUACAAAAUCCCUUGUCACGAUUGUGAAGCUACAUAUGUUGGUCAAACCGGAAGAAAUCUAAAAACAAGAGUCAAUGAACAUAAACGAGACCUCAGAAAAAUGUCAGAAUCUUCGGCUGUAGCACAACAUAUUUCUCAAUAUUCAUCCCAUCAAAUUGAUUUUGAUUCGGCAGUACUCAUUGAAACAGAACAAAAAUACUUCUCAAGAAUAUUCAAAGAGGGUCUCUACAUCAAUGCCGAGAAAACAGCAAUGAAUCAAAAAGAUGGAAUGAAAAUCAACCCGAUUUGGACAUCCGCAUUAUUACAUUUACUGUAA